UGCGUAGUAAAAUUUUGUUUCAAUUUUUUUGUUUUUAAAUUGUAAACAAAUAUUUGAAAAGCCGUGAAAUUUCAGUGUUUUGGGGCCUUGAUUUGCUAUGAAUACUGAUGAAUCUGACGCUGCAAUAGCCUGUUUGUGUACAGCUAUUGUCUUAGCGGUUCGCCGGCAGARGAAGAGGAGAAAACCUCGAACAAUUUGGGUAAAACCAUGGAUCGCGACGAGAGAAGUGGAUGGUGCUUUUCACAAACUUUUAAAAGAUUUGUCGGAUGAUCCUUUUCACUACAAGAAUUUUUUACGUAUGGACCUGGCCACUUUUGAGCUGCUAUUAAGCGAAAUCGAUCCGCUUAUCCAAAAACAAGACACGAUAAUGAGAAAACCAAUUUGUCCAGCUGAGCAACUCGCCGUAACUCUACGAUUUCUCGCGACCGGCGAGUCAUACACCAGUCUCCAGUACCAGUUUAGGAUAGGAAAAGGGACACUUUCAGCCUUAAUUCCCAACGUAUGUCUAGCAAUGACAACCAGCUUGGCUUCAAGAUACCUUUCGUGUCCAAACACAGUUCAACAGUGGGAAGAAAUAGYGGAUGGAUUUUAUCACAGGUGGCAGCUGCCCAAUUGUCUUGGUGCCAUAGAUGGUAAGCACGUCAAGAUCUUGCACCCCCCUGGUAGUGGCUCAGACUUUUUCAACUACAAAGGGUUCUUCAGCAUUGUAUUGAUGGCAGUGGUAGGGCCAAAUGCAGAAUUUAYUUUUGCAGAUGUUGGUUGCCAAGGCAGGAUCAGUGAUGGUGGGGUCCUAAAGAAUACUCUUUUCUACCAAGCCCUUGAAAAACAACAGCUUCAUAUCCCAGAACCAAAGGAACUUCCAGUUGAUGGAGAAUUCACUGAUUGGAGACCUGUGCUGCCAUACUUUUUUGUUGGAGAUGAUGCUUUUGCCCUCUCUGAAAAUCUAAUGAAACCAUAUCCAAACAGAGGUCUGACGGAAGWGCAGCGUGUUUUUAAUUAUAGAYUGUCCCGUGCCAGAAGAGUAAGUGAAAAUGCCUUUGGCAUUCUGAGUUCCAGGUUUCGUUUGUACCACACAACAUUGUGUGUUAAGCYGGAGAAUGCAGUAUCAAUAGUUCAUGCAACAAUAUUGUUACACAACUAUCUCAUGCGGCAGUGCGAGGGAUAUGCAGGACUGGCUGAUGACCCCAGCAGUGUGAAAUAUAGUGAUGCAUCUUCAACUGCAAACAUCAACAAUCUGACAAUUCCUGGUAGUAAUCACAAGCAAAAGGCAAGUGCUGUGAGGGACAAGUUGCGUGAUUUUGUCAAUGGACCAGGGCAAGUAUCUUGGCAGUGGAAUAUACUUUUACCGUAAUUGUCUUGUAUCUUGUACAAUCAGGGAGUGUUCAUUAUUGUAUUCCUCGUACAUAGUAGUUUACUAUUCAUCAUUAUUUAUGAAAUGGUGGUGGGGGGGACUGGCAUUUUUGGUGACUACACUUUCAUAAUCUAUAUGAACCCCUUGCAAAAAAGCAAAAAAUAUUACAUUGAAACUUGUCUUUAAAAAUUAUCUUGAAAAUCAAGUAACCCCCCAAUAAGGUCCCCAAGUCUUUUGCCCUCCCCCAUUAUUUCACCGCUCCCAACCAUAAAUAAUGAACACUCCCUAAAUGGUA